AUGACUGAUUCAAUUACAUUUCCUUCUGCCUCCAACAUGUCUAAAUUAUCAGCAUGUCCUACAACUAAAUUACCUCAAGCUACAGACUGGAUUUUCCAAGACUUCUUCAAUACCAUGUUGAAUGGGGAUGACUUGUUGACACCAUCCAUUCACAUUGCAGAGUUGUUUCCUCAAGAAAAGUUGACAGAGGCUACAUUCAACCUGUUACAAAGCACAUUUUCUGACGACUGCUACGAAGCAUGGCAUGAUAACAAUCAAAGUUGUACCACCAUGACAGAUGACCACAUCUCUUUGCCCGAUCUUGAAGACCCCGCUAAGAAUAGUUCUUGCUCUAUCAUGAAUAGUAGUGAUGACGAAGAUGAAGACGAAGACGAAGAAGUACAAGACUUGGACAUGUUAGACAAUCAUAUUCAUGGUGUCACCUUUCAAUCGGACUUGCUCCAACUCUCCAAUGUUGCCCCGGUCCUGAUCGAAUCAACUAUAUCAUCAUGUACAACAAUGUCAUCGGUAUCGUUCCGUCAAUCCAUGGAUACAGCAAAUGUCAGCAUAAAUCAAACACUGACAAAGAGAAAGUCAAAUUCAUCAUUCAGUUCCUUCAAGUCGUUUAUGAGUGUAUUCCACAUUCCCAAGAAAUCUAAGCUGGAUCAUGACUACUCCUCCAUGUCGGUGCCUUCAAUGUCUGUUCCGCUUCCUGCUCCUGCUCCUGCUACGACUAUGAUGGUGCUCAGCGGUCAGCAAAGGAAGCCUUCCUCCGCUUCUUCCUCAUUCUCGAAAAGAUUCUUGAGAUACUUUAAGCGUCGCUCCUAA